AUGAAGCCCAAUGAAAAGGUAGCUGCGACCGAGUCGGUUGUGCCAGUUCCUUCUCCCAGUAUAUCGGGUGGUGUUGGGGACGAAACUCAUGGAAUGGAAAGGCAGUUUUCCUUCUUCAGCAUUAUCGGACUUGCCUUUGCCAUCCUGAAUUCCUGGACUGCUAUGGCUGCGUCGCUCAACAUCGUGCUACCGUCAGGUGGACCUGUGGCUAUGCUGUGGGGGCUUGUCGUCAGCGCGAUCGGCGCACUGUGUCUUAGUGCGAGCUUGGCCGAGAUAUGCCAUAUUUAUCCUACCUCAGGGGGGCCUUACCACUGGAGCGCGAUGCUAGCUCCCCCAGAUUGGGCACCUCUUAUCUCUUGGAUAUGUGGUUGGUUCGCCGUAACGGGAUGGUGGGCACUUGUUGCUACAGCUGGCAGUUUGGCAGGCUCACUUAUUACUGGGAUUAUUGCACUCCUACACCCGGCAUAUGAGCUCGAACGCUGGCACGUUUUCUUGAUAUUCGAGGUCUGGAUGAUAGGUGCCUUCUUGAUCAAUACAUUUGGCGUACGACUACUUCCUGUGAUCAAUAGAGCCGCCCUUACCUGGUCGCUGGUCGGUGUCACCGUUAUUAGCAUCACUUGCUUGGCCUGUUCGAGUCCCAACUAUGAGAGCGCCCAGUUCGUCUUCAGGACAUAUAUCAAUGAGACGGGCUGGAACAACGGAGUGGCCUGGUUAUUGGGGCUGCUCCAAAGUGCUUUCGGUCUAACGGGCUUCGACGCAGUAAGCCACAUUGUUGAAGAAAUGCCCUCCCCUCAUAUCCAUGCACCUCGUGCUAUGAUACUCGCAGUCUUGAUUGGAGCCACCAGCAGCUUCGCGUUUUUAAUUGUGUUGCUCUUCUGCCUAAAGGACGUAGAUGCAGUGAUCGCUUCGCCUGCCGGAGCGCUCCUGGAGAUCAUUUAUCAGGCUACGAACAAUCGGGCAGGAUCCGUAUGUUUGCUAAUGUUUCCGGUAGUAAGCAUGGCGUUUGCUGGGCAAGGCAUCAUGACGGGAGCUUCAAGAAUGACCCAUGCGUUUGCUCGAGACAAUGGGCUCCCAUUCUCUAGAAUUUUUGCGCGCAUUAAUUCUCGGUUCCGGGUACCGCUUGCAUCAAUCGUUCUUACAACCACAUUAUGCGUUAUAUUUGGUUGUAUUUACCUUGGAUCCAGCUCUGCACUCAACGCCAUCCUUAGUUCGAGCGUGGUAGCACUCAAUGUAUCCUAUAGCAUUCCCGUGGCAUUAUUACUUAUUCGGGGCCGCCAUCUUUUGAACCCACCUGACCUACCGGAGCCUCCAACAUUCUCACUGGGCCGCAUAGGAGGGCCUGUAGCAAACAUUAUUGGGCUUGCUUUUGCUGUGCUCACCACUGUGUUCUUCCUGUUCCCACCGGAAUUACCGGUAACCCCCGCCAACAUGAAUUAUACUAUUGUUGUCUUCGGAAUCAUCGCGAUUGUCUCGGCAACAACGUGGCUCACUAAAGAUCUCCCCCUGCAUCCCCUACUAAAUCUUCGAGUCCUGCUCCAGGAUCUUCCCAACGUGUUAACUCCACGGGGUGCUCCUGCUAUUCUAACGGAUGUUAAUGCCGUGCCAUCUGGUAGUAUUGCUCAUGACUAUGCACAUAUGCCUGGCUAUUAUCCUUCUUCGGUCGACACCUACCCGAUCGCACAGGAUAGCAUGGAUGAUGUCGGCGGCAUUGGUGCGCUUACCAUGGAAGACAAUUUUAGCACUUUGACGAACAGCAUUCCCCGGGUGGAUGAGUCACCCAAAGCAAGCUUUCACACUUACGGCACUGAUUCAUUUGUUUCCACCGAUUCUGCCCCUCCGCCUCGGACCCGUCGAGCCUCUGAGAUUGCUGCCAGUAGACAAAUGAGCGCCCCAAAGGCACUCGAGCAUGGUAGUAUGCACCGUGGACCUAGGACCCCGAAACGCAUUAUUGUAUGCUGUGAUGGAACCUGGCAGGAUGGCAUCCUACGAAGCCAGACUUGGAUGUACUCGAAUGUCUUGAAACUUGCGAGGUGUAUUAACCAUGAGGAUAUGCGGUAUGAUCCACCAAUACCUCAAAUCGUCUUUUAUCAGGCCGGGAUAGGAAGCGAGCAGAAUAUUUACUCACGAUACGUUGAUGGGACUACUGGCGCAUCCUUGGCGGAAAAGGUUCAAGAGGCUUACGCUUUCAUCGCACACAAUUACUCUCCAGGAGAUGAGGUUUUCCUAUUCGGGUUUUCGCGAGGCGCAUAUACUGCCAGGAUGGUGGCUGGAUUUAUCGGCUCGAUUGGAAUAUUGGACCGGACCGCAAUGGAUUCAUUCGCCGAUAUUUUCAUUGCCAUGCAGAAGAAAUGCAAAGCAAAAGACGAAGCAGAGAACAGACGAUGCGAUGACGCUUUGGCACCUUAUAAGGAAAUUUGUGAGGAUGGACGAAGACGAGCCGAUUUUAAUCAUGAUAAAUUCACAAUCAAAUGCGUUGGCGUUUGGGAUACGGUUGGGAGUAUGGGUCUCCCUACUAUCAUCACUCGAGGUUCGCCAAAGAUGCAUCAAUUAUUUGAUUUUCCCGACAAUCUACUUGGUCCCCAUGUGGAGAGAGCCUUACAUGCGAUGUCUCUAAAUGAGGACAGGGAGGAUUUUCAAAUCACGAAGUUCUAUCAAACUAAAAAAGGUAAAGAGCGUGGCCAGGUUUUACAACAGGUGUGGUUUGCCGGACAGCAUUCUGAUGUUGGCGGAGGGUGGCAAGAUCAUGAUCUAUCUGACAUCGCACUUAUGUGGAUGAUCGCUAACAUCGAAGACAUUGUAUCAAUCGACUUCAAUUCUCAGAGUGGAAUAUAUAAACUAGGAGGUACAAUAGAGAGGCAACCAUCGACGGACCCAGCAACUCGCGAACGGAUGCACGAGUCUGUCAAGUGUCAAGAACUUCGUACCCCUGCUGCCAAUCAGUGGAUUGAGGAGCAUCCAGAACGCUUUGUCAAUCUGCUACCACUCGAGCUCGAAAUUCGUGAAAAUUGGGGGUACCGACCGGGACAUACCCCUAAGCGAAUUGAUACACUUCAGGCACGAAAGGAAUUGAAGAACGAACAGAGUGCAGCUAAAUCAUUGGUCGCGAUGGCCCAGAAAGUAUUGAGGAGCGCAACUCAAAACGAAGUAAUCAAAGACGAAGGAGGGCGCUCAGUGUACGAGGACUCAUGGGUUGGAAGGAUACUAGACGAGAUCAUGAAUAAGAAAGACAACUAA